CGACGUUUCUCACCAUGAUACAGACACACAACUGCACCUGACAGCGAAUGUAACAAACCUGAAUCUAAGCCACAAGGAUCCACCAUGUCCUCCUCACUACUGACGAGGAAGCUGACUCUGUGCCAGGCCCUGACCUUUGUCCUGCUGCUGCUUGCUCCCGUCUGCCUGUCCGACCCGCAGAGUUCGUGGGUUUCUGCGUGGCAUCCGUCCAGUGAGUCUUCAUCGGGGCGUCUGGCCCGCGCCCGGCGGCAGCUGCACUUCAGGAACGAGUGGGCGGAGUGGAGCGGCUGGUCUGUCUGCUCACGCAGCUGUGGGGGCGGAGCCUCAGUGAGGACGCGCACCUGCAUCACCAGGAACCCAGUGGGUGGACCGUGCACAGGAGACCCCAGACAAUACAAGAUCUGCAACACCAAGGAGUGUCCCCCCAGCUCGGAGGACUUCAGAGAGAUGCAGUGUGCUGCCUUCAAUGACCGACCGUUAGUGGCUGGAACUUCCUUCAGAUGGACGACUUUUCAUGGAGGCUCUAACCCCUGUGAGCUGAGCUGUCUGGCCCUCGGUCACAACUUCUACUACAACUUUGGCCGAGUGCUCGAUGGCACCGCUUGCAACAAGGAGCCUGGAGCGGUGUGUGUCAACGGGCGCUGCCUGAAGCCCGGCUGUGACUUCAUCUUGGGUUCAAAGCAGCAGGAGGAUGCCUGCAUGGUGUGUGGAGGGCAAAACACCACCUGCCUGCACCACAAGAACGUGUACCAGAGCAACGGUCUGGAGGCAGGCGGACCUUUUGGAUACAAUGAAGUGGCCAUGAUACCAGCUGGAGCCACUCACAUCAGAGUCACUGAUAACAGCAGGAACUAUCUAGCCCUCCAGAACGGUCGCUCCCAGUUUGUGAUCAACGGUAACUGGAAGAUCAGCAUUCCAGGCGAGUACAACGUAGCUGGGACGAAGCUGCUGUACCGGCGCUCUGCGGACACCUGGGAAAGCUUCGAGGUUCCCGGACCGACCCAGGAAGACCUCCAUCUAAUGGUGCUGGCGACAGACAGAAACCCGGACAUCGAGUAUGAGUACUGGCUGCCCCCAGGCCAGUACGCCCUCCACCAUGGGAGGAGUCCACUGCGUGAAGCCCACCACACGGCCAACUACCUCCCCUGGGACCAACCCACCACCACAACCACAACCACAACCACCCGGCCUCCUCCUGUCACCACCCGGCCACACUGGUUUUUCAGACCUGUGAAGCCGCCACGCCAAUCUCCUCAUCACAACCCACGCCAGCGCCCUCACCCGCCACGCCAGGAGCGAGAGGAGAACCACAGAAACCUGCUGCCUCAGCCCUCACCUGGAAAGCAUUGUGGGAAAUGUCAUCGAGUCAAAGGUCGCAGGGAACGCCAGAGACAGUACUGCAAGAAGGACUUUGUUUUCCGCGCCAGAGUCCUUGGGAAGCUGUACCGAGGAGAAGAGACGCGUUACGACGUCCAGAUCAUCCACACCUACAGGAACGCCUUCCGUCUGGAGCACCGGGAGUUCCUGUGGGCUCCCAAUGUGUGCGACUGCCCCCAGCUGGAGGAGGGGAAGCAGUACAUAAUGAUGGUGCGCCGCCACAUUAACUAUGAGCACACGCUGAACCGCAUCCUGCUGGAGGAGGAGAGCUACGUGGUGCCGUACAGACCGAGAGAGGACGAGCAGCUGCGACCGCUUGAGAGACUCUGCAGCAACAGAGGACCCAAACAGCCGGCAGACUGA